AUGGCUUUUCCUUGGUCGUUUCUUCUCGUCACUCUCCUCUCGCUUGCACUCUCACAAGCUUCUUCUCAAGCACUGAACAGCAAUGCCACUCUAGCAGGCAUUGUCACUUGUAUCAACGCUUCUAUAGCGACUGUGAAGACGUACCCGUUGGUCCCGGACGCAAGGGUGGAUGUUGUUUGUGGCGUCCUGUUUGUAGAGAAGGUGAUCAAAACGGCACAUACAAAUCUUGAGGGGGUUUACUCGUUCUCUUUCAACGCAGCUGAUACGGCCUUGCUCAGCGUCCCGGAAAUGUGUUACCUUAAAAUCGCAAUGCCAGAAAACUCGUGCGUGUUUGAUCCUUCCGGAGGUUUUGUGAAGCUUCCUAUUGUUGUCGGCUUAAGAUUGGGAUUAGGCACGGUGACCUACUUUAUACCGGGAGCCCCAAGCUACUCACGCCCGUAA